AUUUGACGCAUGCGCAAUUUCAUGUAAACAAAGUUUCCCUGGCGACUGGACUCUUUUCAUUGCAUUUUCACAUGCUUCACAAUGUCAACUAAUGGUGAAAUGGAUAACACCGGCACGAACGGGAUGGCUGAUGAAGCUGACAUUGACAAGCCAAAUGAAGACACUGAGCAAAAUGAUGUGGCUGAAUCCGCCAGUGAAGCGCAGGCAGAUGGAGAAUUAGGUCAACAAGAAGUCGAAGGUGAAGUUGAAGAGGCAGCUGUUGAAGAGACCAAAUCAGCAGAAGAUGCACCAGCCUCAGAACAGGGAGGAGAACAGAUGGCUGCAGGGGAGGAUGUUGCGGCUGAAUUCCAAGAUGCAGACACUGACGCUAUUGAACCAACAUCCCAAUCACAAAGUCCAAAGGUUUCUGCACCUCCAAGUCCAAAGGGUUCUGCACCUCCAAGUCCAAAGGGUUCCGCACCUCCAAGUCCAAAGGGUUCUGCACCUCCAAGUCCAAAGGGUUCUGCACCUCCAAGUCCAAAGGGUUCCGCACCUCCAAGUCCAAAGGGUUCUGCACCUCCAAGUCCAAAGGGUUCCGCACCUCCAAGUCCAAAGGGUUCCGCAACCCCUGCCGGAAGUGGCAAAGGAUCUCCUCUGCAGAGAACACCAAGUCCACAGCAAGCUGAAGAUAGUGAGGGUUCUCCUAAAGGAACACCAGCACCUGGAAGUGGCAUGGUAUCACCUGUUGUGGCUUUAACAUCCCAGGUGCUGGCUGAGGCCACGCGAGAAGCAGCUGAGGAAAUGGUUGAGCCUGCUGAGGGCAGUCCAGUUCCAACAGAACAUUCAGUGGAAGACAAGGCUGAUCAGACGGUUGAGGAACUGGAAACUGAGGAAGCUACUGAACAGGGUACUCAAACAGUCCAAGAAGCACCACCAUCUCAGAAAGGAACACCACCUCCCCAGGACAUGACUGAGGAAGUCUCUCAGACACCAAAGAGGACUCCAACACCACAAGGUUCCCAGGAAGCCAGGACUACAACACCUCAACAAACUGGUUCAAAUCACGGGUCACCUUCUUCUAGACAGGGGUCACAUAGAUCUACAAGGAAGACACCAACCCCGGGGACACCUCCGGGUGGGCACACUCCACAGAGGACACUAACACCCCAAGCAAGCAAACCAUCAACACCUCAAAAAGAAAGGACCCCAACCCCUGGCCAAGCAAAUACACCAAGUGAUGUCCCUCCAAAUACUGCUGCAGAAGAAAGAAGGGUUCCCACAGCUCCUCCUGCUCCAGAACUAGCUCAAGAAGAGGCCACUCCAGAAAAGCCAUCAAAUCCGUUGAGUCUGGUUUGGUCCUUUGGAAUGAACCGCCACAUUCCCGUUUUGAAUAUGACCGACGGCAACAGAAAGAUGAUCAUGUACGCCAAUGCACACACGGGAAUCCUCUAUGAUAUCGAGAAAAAUACACAGAAGUUACUUCAAGGCCAUUCGAAUGCUAUCACGUGUACCUGCGUGAGCCAGGAUAAGAGAUGGGUUGUGACGGCUGAUAAAGGACAAGACAACACUGCGAUUAUUUGGGACUCUAAUACAGGGUUUCCCGUUCGAACAAUCUUUGAACCUCACAAGGAAGGAACUGCUGCCAUUGCUAUAACACCAAAUGCCAAGUACCUUGCUACACUGAGUGCUGGAGCGACACAAGUGCUUGCCAUCUGGGACUGGACGACUGGUGAUGAUAAUCCUGUGUGUACUGCACAACUCAAACCCUCAUACGGAGUGCAGAACUAUAUCUUAUUCAAUCCCGAAGAUACCACACAAUUGGUCACAAACAGCGAUUCUCAAGUUAUCUUCUACUCCUGGAAAAAUGAAAAGAUGCAGUACUUUGCACCACCUCUGUCUGACCGUGAUUUCAACAAACCUGUUGGAAAGUACAGUCAAACCAUUUACCAGCGAAACAGCAGCCGUGCAUUGACUGCCACCUCCAUUGGUAACCUUGUGGUUUGGGACAGUAACAAACCAUUGACCAAGGUCGCUGCUUCUGAAUCAACUCCAGACAAGAAAGCACUGAAGCUGGUGAAGAUGCAGGAUCGUGGCUUGAAUGUGCUCACAACAACUGAUAACUUCAUUGUGAUGGGUGAUGCUAAUGGACAUGUUAAAUUCUUUGACCAGACGUUGAAGCUGGCCAACUGGUAUCAAGAUUUUAACAUUGGUCCAAUCAACUCCCUCUCCUUUGCCUUCGUGCCUGAGUUUGAUCUCAUUGAUGGGGAGAAUGGGGAGUAUCCUCCAGAUGCCACCAUCUCUGCUAGGAAGUUUGUGAUCCGAGAUUACGCUGUGGGGACGAUGUCAGCCGUAUAUGGUUACAUCACAUCAGAUGGAACCAAAGUAGAUAUUGUCCAUCGUGAUCAUGAUGCAGCAGUCUUUGCCUUAGCUUCGCAUCCUUUUGAACCAAAACUAGCUAUGGGAAGUUAUUCUGGAUUGUUGAAGAUCUGGGACUAUGAACGAAAGUUAUCAGUUGCUUCAAGAUACUUCGAGAGAGGCAACAUGAUACGAUCUUGUGCAUUUGAUCCCAGAGGAGAAUACUUGGCUGUUGGGUUCAUAAACGGCAGUGUGAGGAUCUUAGAUGCCAUCACUCUGGAAGAUGAAGUCAGUGAACCAUUCCGAUACGCUCGUGAUGCCAUAACGCAUUGUGUCUUCAGCCAUGAUUCACAAUAUCUGGCCACUGCGGAUGCAGAAUUCACAGUGUCAGUGUUCAAGGCAUCGACUGAUGAUGAACCGUGGGUUUACCUCGGCCGUCAUCGGGCUCAUUACAAACUCAUCAAGGACGUCAUCUUCACCAUCCAGCUGGAUUCAAAUCUUCCAAGACUCAUGUCUUUAGGUGAAGAUCGCAUGUUGGUUGAGUAUGACCUUGUGAGCAGCAGCAAGGAUGACCUUAGAGUCAGCAGCACAGAUCGCAUUGAACAGAGUGCUGUGCCGUUAUCAAUCACCAUGUAUCCAGCAAUCACCAAGGAGCAGUUCAUCCUCACAACGAACGACCAAUUCAAAUUCAAACUCUACAACUCUACCACAAAGAUGUGCCGAAAAACAUUACUUGGUCCGACAUAUGGAACACCUCUAGAAAAAAUGAUUGUCAUUCCUGGGAGCGAUACUGACCGGCGAUAUCUGGCCUACAUUACCUCGGAUAAAGUUGGUCUCAGCAUCAUGCCACUGACGGGCAAUCCACACAACGCAAUGACUCUUAUUGCCCACCCAGGAAAGAUCAGUAACUUGGCAUGUAGUUACGAUGGCACAUACAUCUUCACAGCAGGCGGGGCAGAUGCUACUGCACAUAUGUGGAGCACAAACUACUCUGCACUUGAAGCUCAAGGGGUCCUCGGGGGUGAAGAUUUGAUCCCGUUCUACGGACUCCUGGAUGGGGGACGAGACGGUGAGCUGUUUGCUGAACUGGAAGACUACUUCUACUAUGCACAGAUCAGAAGCCAAGAUGUAAAUACUAUGGACACCCGGCAGGUAUCUACCCACAUUCCUCUCUCCGAGGUGCCGUUCGUCAUGAGAGCUAUGGGAUUCUACCCGUCUGAACAAGAGAUCAUGGACAUGUUGAAUGAAGUCAAAUACAGCAAAUACGUGGAGACCGGCAAAUACAUUGACAGAAUCGAUCUUGGAGAUUUCAUCAAAUUGUAUGUGAACCACCGGCCAGCAUUUGGUCUCUCGCCAGAUCGGCUGAAGUGGGCGUUUGAAGUGCUUGGACUUCCUGGCGACCAGGCUGAAUCAAUAGAGAGAGGAGAGAUGUUGGAUCUGCUUCAGAGUAAAGGAGAACACAUGACUGAGUAUGAACUUGCUGAAUACCUGACCACAUUGUUAGGGUGCAACCCAGAAGGUGGCAGCAGCGAGCAACUGGAGUUUGAUCCUACGACAGCGGGUGAUCUCAUUGCUGAUAAUCUACCUUUCGAGAUCAGUGCGGAGAUGUUUGCUAAUGAAGUACUUGGAUUCUCCAUGUACUCGGAUGUCCUCAACCUGGAGAAUGAACGCACCCUCACUGGUCAGACUGUUUGAAACCUUAUUGGUGUGAAAUGAAUUAAGUGUCAAUUAUACUGAACUGAAAUAGGUGACAGUAUUUUCAGAAAAAAACAUUAUUUACCUUGACAAUUACUAUUUUUGUCAGGUUAAUUAUUUCUAUAUAAUAUUUGUUAUUUGACACAUUGCCUUGAUCAGAGGGGCACCUGGCACUCACCUUUCGCGGUAGUUCACAGAGAGUUGACAUUUCACAGUCAAUUUUUCUGGUGUUGGGGUAGGGGGCCUCUGGCCAGUAGAUCCACACCUGCUCAGUGGUGUUUGAGGCAAGUCACAUCGGUUAAGGAGACAAGGAGUUUGAAUAUUGUAGGCCAACCAAACAAGGUGCUCCUCAUCGAAGGCUCACUUGGGGUUUGUUUGCUGGUUGAUUCAUGAUUUCACUGUUUUGUUUUUUCCAGAUUUUUAUGUAUUGAACUGAGGGACAAGAUUCAAAUGACCUAUUGAUUUGUAUGAUCAUUUUGUAUAUUUGUUUGUUGAUUGUAAAUAAGAUGAAAAUGCACAUUGUAGCUUUCUGUUAAAGCAUUCUUAUCCCAGCAAUGUGAUCAAAAGCCACCACCACAGAAUCUGUGCAGGACUGUCAUCGUGAGGAUGUGAUGUGAAGAUGUGUUUCCACCACCACAAGGUUUGUGUUGUACUCACCAGAUCUAUAAUUGAUGAACAGAAAGUAGUUGGUUCAUUUUUACAGCCAAAGAAAGUGUCCUUUGUUAGGAAUAAUGUAGAUGGCCGGGAGCAGGCCACCUUAACUUGUCUAGUGACUGUGAUAUGUAUUCAGUAAUAUAUUGUAAUAAAAGUGAUGCAGA